AUGGCCAAGUCGUAUCCGCCCGUCCAGCCCGGAGGCAGCCUGAUUCUGGCAUGGCAGAUCAAGGGCAAGAAGGUGCUCGUCGUGGGCGGCGGUGAGGUUGCCGCCGGCCGAAUCCUCAACUGCCUCAACGCCGACGCCCGCGUCACUGUCGUGUGCCCCAAGUCCGGCCUCAACGACGAGGUCGCCUUCCGCAUCGCCGAACGCCAAGUCGUCCACGUCGACCGCGUCUUCGAGCCCGAGGACCUCACCGGCGCCGACAUGGUGCUCGUGGCCAUCGACGACCCGGCCGCGUCCAGCGUCAUCUGGAAGCUGUGCAAGGAGCGCCGCGUCCCCGCGAACAUCGCCGACGUGCCCCCCGAGUGCGACUUCUACUUUGGCAGCAUCCACCGUGACGGCCCGCUGCAGAUCAUGGUCAGCACCAACGGAAAGGGCCCUCGCCUGGCCGCCGCCAUCCGCCAGUUCAUCGCCAAGCAGCUCCCCAAGAAUGCCGGAAACGCCAUCGAGACUAUCGGACAGCUGCGCGUCAAGCUGCGGAAGGCCGCCCCGAGGCCCGAAGACGGUCCCAAGCGGAUGCUGUGGAUGUCCAAGGUCAGCGAUACCUACACCUGGGAGGAAAUGUGCGGCCUCACCGAAGAGGACAUGGACAACGUCCUCCUUUUCUACCCCGCCAACAAGGUCCCCUCCAUGGACGUGUUGAUGGCCCUUCGCGGAGGCACCGAUGUCAAGAAGCUCGACGUUUUCGACGGUUCGUUCGGUUUCAGCGUGGGAGCAUAA